AUGGGGCGUGCAGUGAGGGCAGCAGAUAACGAGCGUAUGAUACGUACAGCAGAGAGCGGCGGUGUGCUCCCCGUGAGUCCAACCUACGAAACCCGUCUGUUCAUCGACGGGGAGUUCCGCGAAGCCAACGGCAAACGCACGUGGAAACUGAUAAACCCAGCGACAGAAGAAGAAAUCUGUGAGAUCAGAGAAGCGAGCGAAAAAGAUGUAGAAGCUGCAGUGCAAGCAGCACACAAAGCCUUUGCUUCCUGGUCUUUAAAUAUAGGAGCACGAAGACGCGGGGAGUUGUUGAUGAAGUUGGCGAAUCUGCUCCAAGAAGAAAAAGAAAAUAUCGCUCAUAUCGAAUGCAUUAAUGUCGGUAAACCCAUUCAAUACGCCAGAGGAGACAUGGAUGCAUGCAUAGCAAAUCUAAAAUAUUAUAGCGGAUGGGCUGAUAAAAUAACAGGAGGCUCCUACAUCCCCGUCUUAGAGAGUGAAAAGAUAUCAUGUCAUACAAGACGAGAACCUGUUGGUGUUGUUGCUGCAAUCGUCCCUUGGAACUUCCCUUUAAUGCUCACUGUUAUGAAAGCAGCAGCUGCGUUAGCAUGCGGUUGCACAGUCGUUGUGAAAACCAGCGAAAAAUCGCCUCUCUCAGCCCUCGCACUCUGCAAACUCGUUCAAAAGGCUGGCUUCCCUGCAGGAGUAUUUAAUGUAUUAAAUGGGUUUGGAGAGAGCGUAGGAGCUCAUUUAAUUCGUCAGCCGCUUGUUCAAAAAGUUUCUUUUACAGGCUCAUCUUCUGUAGGCUGUCUCGUAGCACAAGAAUGCGCUGCAACAGUUAAAAGAGUUACACUCGAAUUAGGAGGUAAAAGCCCUCUUAUUAUUCUUAAAGAUGCAGAUAUACAAAAAGCUGCAGAAGCAACUUGGAAAGGCCUCUUUCACAACUCCGGGCAGUGCUGUGUGGCAUGCAGCCGGAUACUUGUACAAUGCGAUGUGUACAACGAGUUUGUGGAGAAGCUGAAGGAAACCGUGUCGAAGAAAGCUAAGCUUUCAAACCCUCUAGAGACCUGCUGUACACAGGGGCCUAUUGUAGACAGCAAACAAUUAGCUAGAGUUAUUUCUUACAUUGAAGAAGGGAAGAAAGAAGGUGCUAAAUGCGUUCUUGGGGGCGUCAAGAAAGAAGGAAAAUUCAACGCGCAAACGAUACGCAGUAUGGGCUCGGAGCCGGCGUCUUCACCUCCAGCAUUCCUCUUGCAGAUCACUUCAUUGCAUGCGGGGACUGUCUGGGUUAAUACAUAUUUAAGCGGAGAUGUUGGGAUACCUUUUGGUGGAUAUAAAGCCAGCGGAUAUGGAAGAGAAGGAGGCGAAGAGGGUUUGCUGCCGUACCUAGAGACAAAGACAGUCGUUAUGAGCAUUGAACUCUAA